AUGAGCCCCACUAUUCCUUCCUGGACUGUCCCACCAAGAAGCACAACCGGAGGAAAGCAACCCGGCAAGGUUCCAACUGUUUCGCUGAAUCUUGGUGCAAGCAGCGACGACAGCUCGGGCUCGGGAGAAGACUCGGACAGUGGCUCAUCGGACGUUGGGUCCGAGAAUGCCACCAUGAGUGAGGUUGAUAUGUCCCGCUCGAGGAAACAUAUUGGGAGGAAAACAUCUCGGGGUGGAAAACCCAAGACAGAAUCUAUUGGAAGCAAACGCCCAGCAGGACUCACAGCAGGAAAGACGUUGCCGGACUCAAUUCGACAGCCAGGCAUGGAUUCGCACGCGAGAAAGACAUCUACUGCACAGUAUUGCAGCUUGAUGUCCUUGGGACAGAUGACAGAACUCCCACGGCGGUACAAGGGUAUGCUGUUAUCGAGCUCUCCUGUUGUGGUCAAGAUUAAUAUACCCGCCUAUCUCUUGCCAACACUUGUGGCAGCGACCCAGGCAGCAGAGCGGACAAGAGCAUCACAGUCGUCAAAGUCAUUCUCGCGAGGUGGAUACAGAGGUGAUUCGUCGGAUGAUGAUCGUGCAAUGGAUGUCGAUGCACCCUCCGGUGCGGAAAAGGAAAGGACCCAGGAUUCUUCUCGACCUACUCUCAAGGACGUCCAAGGGCGCUCUUCGAGACUCCAGGAGAUUCCUUCUAGUCCCCCUCGCACAAAGACUCUCUCAAAGCGUGGUCGCUCCUAUUCUUCAGACGAAUCAGAGUCGGAUGAUAGGAAAAAGCCUAAAGGAUCCACCAAGGAGCUCAAGGAAAAAUCCUCGCUUGAUCUUGGUCACUCGGACAAGAAGAGAUCAUUGGACAAAUCGGCAGCAACCAACACUGACACUAAGCGCGGCCAUGCUUCCACGACAUCUUCGAGGGCCAGAUCUGACACAGCGGAGGAAAAGAGCUAUCGUAUCGAUCGCGGAGACGAGAGGAGAGGCUCCGAGGUGUCGACUCGCGGCAAGUCGUCGCAAUCGCUGUCGCCGGUUCUGGAUCGCAACAAGGACAAGAACCGAAGACUAUCAUAUCACAGUGCCGAUGAGGCAUCCGACGACUCGCGCAAGGACAGACGGCGCCCUAAGGAUGCCAAGCAAAACAACGACCAUACCGAGACCGGUCGCAGCAGAUUGGAGUCCAAAGAUGUCACCUCGAGAGCAGAGACUGGUCAAGGUCGAAAGCGGGAUACCUCCAGAGAUCGAGCCAGCGAUGCCCCGGAUGCACGUCGCAAGGCCAAGGAUGAGAACGCUAGGGAGUCCAAGGAAAAAACCAUCAAUAUCGAGAAGCCAACGUCAUCAAGCACCAGCAAAGAUCGGCGGCCGUCCAAGGACGAGGAUGUGUCAGUUUCGAGUCGCGCAGGACCUAAAAACGAUCCAAAGUCGGACCGCACAGGGUCGGCGGCUGCACCUAGUUCACCAGGACGUCGUUCAGCACGGGAUGCACCAAAGGAGACAAAGUCGAGGGGUGAGAAGGACUCGAGGGAUGCAGCUGCGACAUCAGGCCAGCGAUCCACCAACAGCACCAAGGAUCGGGUUCGCGGUCGAUCACGGACACCCUCACGCACCAGAUCCCGCUCAAGAUCACCUAGGAGAUAUGAUCGGAACCGAAGUCCGUCUCGAAACGACACUCGCGAUGGAAAGUCGAACCGGGAUCGCAGAGAAUACGAUGACGACCGGUCAUCCAGGCGCAAGCGGGAUGGCAGUCGCGACCGGAAUGACCGUUCGGGACGUGGAAGGAGCAGGGAUCGCUUUGGGCGAGACAGGAGUCGCGACAAGAGCACCGACAGGAACCGUGACAGGAGCCCUGCUCGGGGAACUAGCCGCGAACGGAGCCGAGAUCGCAAGAGGGUCAGGUCUCGUUCUCGCGACCGUGAAGGAAGGAAGGAGACUGAUCGCCGUGCUCGUGAGACGUCAGCGACACCCAGUAGCUCUAACACAGCAGUCUCGCGACCUGAUAUUAGAACAGAUGCCCGACCCGACUCUCGACCCGAGACCAAAACACAGCUACCUCAUCAGAAUUCUACCAAGAGCUCUAUAGGCCGGCGCGACUCGGAGAGCAAGCAUGGAGCAAGUACGACGACAGCGAACCCUCCUCGACCACCACCUCCAACAAUCAAGGAGGAGCCUCCAGUGCAGCCUCCUCCUCCUACGACCGCGCCUCCCGAUACCAUUCCGCGGUCGGGCGUGACUGGCGUUGUGAAGGAGACAAUAGUCAAGAGAGUCUCCAUCGAGGAUUACCAAAGGAAGAAGACCAACCUCGCAACCACAGACAAAGUUGACACGCCCAAGGCAGUAUCAGACUCGCCAGCAUUGGCGAAUGCCGUCGUCGCAACCGGCAAACCACCCGUCGUCACCAAGGACUCGACUCAGAAGCCAGCCAAUGCGGAGCAAAAGUCGUCCAGCACCUCAUCCUCCAAGCCAUCGUCAGAAACCGCGAAGAAGAUUGCCGACUAUCACAACACAUUCAACAUGCGUCGGGCGGCAGGAAUCACAUUCAAACACAAUGCGGACGACACUCUCAAGAACCAGAGCAACGCCAAGUUGGGCGCGAUUCAGUACUUUUUGAGCGCGAUCGAGUUUAUCGCUGCUUUCCACGCCAACGACAAGUACCACAACCUUUUGAACCCCGGUCGACAGGAUGUUGCAGUCAAGGCGUCUAUCAACUCGUGGGACACCAUGCGUCAGUUCAUUCACGCCCUUACCAACCAGUGCCACUCCAACCGCCUCGCUGGACUUGAUGGCGUGAGCGCGUUGAUGGAGGUGUUGGUGUACUACAAGGUGUACAGCUACCAUAUCAUGAACUUGCGGAAGGAGAUGCUCAAGAGCGGUCAGUUCAAGUCAAAGGGAGCGACCAAGGAAGAGAACGGAGUUGCGCCGAUGGUGUCGAUCCCUCAGGAGAUGGCGAACCGAAUGCUGCAGAACGUGGAGGAUUGGGCACAUAUCCAGAAGCGUAUGGACGACUGUCGACAGUGGUUGACACCCGACAUUGCACAAAAGCAGUUCCCGCAGACGUUUGAGAAAUGGUGCAUCCAUCCGGACCAGAUUGGACAGCAGCAACAUCAUCCUUUUGAUGGAUUUGUCUCGGGAACCAACAUCCAAAAGAUCCAUUGGCCUCUUGGAAUGCACCUGCACCUGCACGAGUUGAUGGCGUUUGUUGUGUCUGCAUUGGAAGAGUACCAGAGGCGGAAUGGUCUUGAGCAUACCAAGUAG